AUGCCUGUGAGGACAAGGUUCCUGGCGGUGAGGACAAGGUUCCUGGCGGUGAGGGCAAGGUUCCUGGCGGUGAGGACAAGGUUUCUGCCCGUGAAAAAAGUUCCUGACGCUGAGGACAAGGUUCCUACCGGUGAGGAGCAAGUUCCUGGCGUUGAGCACAAGGUUCCUGCCGGUGAGCACAAGGUUUCUGGCGGUGAGCACAAGGUACCUGCCAGUGAGGACAAGGUUCCUGCCGGUGAGGGCAAGGUUCCUGGCGGUGACAACAAGGUUCCUGGGGUUGAAGACAAGGUUUCUGGCGGCGAGGACAAGGUUCCUGCCGGUGAGAACAAGGUUCAUGCCUGUGAGGACAAGGCUCCUGGCGGCGAGGACAAGGUUCUUGGCGGUGAGACCAAGGUUCCUGGCGGUGAGAACAAGGUUAAUGCCCGUGAGGACAAGGUUCCUGGCGGUGAGGACAAGGUUCCUGGCGGUGAGGACAAGGUUCCUGGCGGUGAAGACAAGAUUUCUGGCGGCGAGGAGAAGGUUUCUGGCUGUGACAAAUGUUCCUGACGCUGAGGACAAGUUUCCUACCGGUGAGGAGCAGGUUCCUGGCGGAGAGGACAAGGUUCCUGGCGGUGAGAACAAGGUUUCUGGCGGUGAGCAUAAGGUUCCUGACGGUGAGGACAAGGUUCCUGUCGGUGAGGACAAGGUUCCUGGCGGUGAGGACAAGGUUCCUGGCGGUGAGUACAAGGUUUCUUGCUGUGAGGACAAGGUUUCUGGUGGUGUGGACAAGGUUUCUGGCAGUGAGGACAAGGUUCCUGGCGGUGAGGACAAGGUUCCUGGCGGUGAGGACAAGGUUCCUGGCGGUGAGGACAAGGUUCCUGGCGGUGAGGACAAGGUUCCUGGCGGCGAGUACAAGGUUCCUGGCGGUGAGGACAAGGUUCCUGGCGGUGAGGUCAAGGUUUCUGGCGGCCAGGACAAGUAA